AUGUCUUCCGUGCACCUACCUAGAGACUUCUUGUGGGGCUAUGCAACGGCAAGCUACCAAAUCGAAGGCGGCGCCCACGAGGACGGGAGAGGCGACAGCAUAUGGGAUGUGUUCUGCCGACAAGUAGGCAAGAUUGCUGACGGCUCAAACGGAGACGUGGCAUGCGACUCGUAUCAUCGCUACAAGGAAGACGUCGCGCUUCUCAAGCAGCUUGAAGCCAAGGCAUAUCGAUUCAGCAUCUCGUGGUCCAGAGUGAUACCGCAUGGUGGACGGAACGACCCCGUCAAUGAAGCAGGGCUCCGCUACUACAAAGACCUGGUUGAGGAGCUAAUAGCGAAUGGCAUCGAACCUAUGGUGACGCUGUUUCAUUGGGAUCUUCCACAAGCUCUUUACGAUCGGUAUGGUGGCUUCUUGAACAAGGACGAGUACAUUCUAGAUUUUGUGAGCUACGCGCGCUUGAUGUUUAAGACUCUUGGUGAGAAGGUCAAGUUCUGGAUCACCUACAAUGAGCCCUGGUGCAGCGCAAUCCUGGGAUACAGUACCGGGUACUUCGCGCCAGGUCACACGAGUGAUCGUGCAAUCAGUAGUGUAGGAGACAGCAGCACAGAACCCUGGAAAGUUGGACACAACAUCCUACUCGCACAUGGGGCUGCCGUGAAGGCAUACAGGGAGGAAUUCAAGCCGACGCAGUCUGGGAUGAUAGGAAUCACGCUCAAUGGCGACUGGGUUGAACCGUGGGAUCCAGCUGACUCGGCGGAUGUGGAGGCUUGCGAAAGGAAGCUCGAAUUCUCAAUAGGAUGGUUUGCCGACCCCAUCUACCACGGCGAUUACCCUGCGAGUAUGCGGAAGCAACUUGGUUUGCGACUGCCAGAAUUCAGCGCGGAUGAGAGGGCGCUUGUGCAAGGCUCAAAUGACUUCUACGGGAUGAAUCACUACACUGCAGACUUCGUGCGGAACUGCGACAGGGAUACUCCCAGUGCGGAGAACUUUAACGGCAACCUCGAAGUCUUCAAGACCAAUAAAGCCGGGGACAGCAUCGGGCCGGAAACUCAGUCUGUAUGGCUUCGACCAUUCCCAAGCGGCUUUCGAAGACUGAUGACAUGGAUCUCUGAUCGGUAUGGACGACCGAUUAUUUACGUGACAGAAAAUGGCACGUCGUUGAAGGGAGAAAGCGACUUGCCUGUGGAGCAGCUACUCGAGGACGAAUUUCGGGCAGAGUAUUUCCGCACUUACAUCAACGCCCUCGCAGAGGCCUAUACGAUCGACAAAGUUGAUAUCAGAGGCUAUAUGGCCUGGAGUCUGAUGGACAACUUCGAGUGGUCUGAAGGAUAUGAGACAAGAUUUGGAGUAACAUGGGUUGAUUACAAGAAUGGUCAGCGGAGGAUGCCAAAGAAGAGUGCGCGUGUCAUUAGUGAGGUAUUCUCAUCGUUGACCCGCGGCCAAGGCGCAUGAUGUGGUUGAAAUGAUUUCUGGCCCGGCCGCCGUGAUCCUACUGCACGUACUAUUGCCUUUCGUGGCGCCGGUAUGCGUCUGCAUCGACCACCACGUAUCGAUCUGGUGGUUGCAAGGAUGGGCGGGCCGGGUUUCGUCCGAUUAUAGUUUGGUCGUUUCAUACUUCUAUAGCUCUCCAACCAGGCCAAGAAUCAGCG